CGCGCCACACAAAAGAAAGAAAGACGGAAGAAGGUGGAGAAGAAACAAAAGCGAUCGAGCAUGGUGAAGGGUAGCGGUAAGUCGGCGGGAAUGAUGGUUUUGGUAGUCGUCGUCUUAUUUAUCAUGGCGGUGGGUGUCUCCUCUCACAAGUCCGAUAUGGAGAGGUUCCGCGACUGCUGUGCCGAAUGCAAGUAUCACUGUACCGACAAUGGUCGCAAUGACUAUCUUACCUGUGAAAUCCAGUGCAACAACGAUUGCGAUUAUCUUCUGCAUCUCCAUAAAAACGCUUCAGCCUCCGCUAGCAGCGGUUCUCGCAACAUCCCAUCAACGCUGCUGCAUGUCCCGGAAGAUUAUCAUUAUUAUUAUGGUUUCUUAGAUAAGUCAGUCAUCAUCGCUUCUAUCAUUCUCCUCCUCCUCAUCCAAGCUUAAUAAUAAUAAUAAUAAGCACCACCAUGCAUGCACUAUUUUUCUUUAGAUGAUUGUUUUGUUUUUCGUCUACUAUAAAUCCUAGUUUUAAGC